CUGGUGGGCACAGGUGGGUGGCACUGGUGGGUGGCACUUCUGGGCACAGGUAGGUGGCACUUCUGGGCACAGGUAGGUGGCACUGCAGAGUGGCACAGGUGGGUGCAUUGCUGGGCACAGGUGGGUGCACUGCUGGGCACAGGUGGGCGGAACUUGUGGGUGGCACUGCUGGGCACCGAUCAUCAGGGCACUGAUCAUCAGUGGCCCUGAUGAUCGGUGCCGAUCCUCGCUCUGACAACUGCCGGUUCUCGGCACCGAGAACCGGCACUUGCAUUUCCCUGUGAUCAGCGUGUCAUUGGACACCGCUGAUCACGUGGUAAAAGGCCGGUAUGAUCGGCCUUUUACCACAUCUCGAGAGCACGUUCUCGGGGGACGUCAUAUGACGUCCACCCAGAACUGGC